CGUCAACACUCCCGCCUCCUUCUUUAACAGCCGGCCUGAACUCCCGAUCGGCAUCACGCUCUCUUCGCCCUGCAUCGUCAACCAGUCAUGCCAAAUACCCUCGUCGUUUUCGUCCAUGGCUUCCUGUCCUCGGGCGAGUCCUUCCGCCGCUUCCCUGAAGAUCUGCUCGAACGAGUCAAUCGCAACACAAAUAGCACAAGGGCCUUCUUCGACACUCUUGCCUACAACUACAGCACCACCGGCUCAAACGACCAGAGGGUCAUCGAGUUCGUCCGGUUUCUUGAAGAACGGUCCCGGAGCUACGCCCAGGUCGUCCUGAUUGGCCACUCCAUGGGCGGCGUCCUGGCGCUCGAUGCCGUCCGCAGAUGCCAUCCAAACUCGGACUACAACCGCCACGAGGGACACGAGCAAGGCAUCGACGGCCUCUAUCGUGGCGCCGGAUCGCCGCUGCAGCAAAAGAUCCAUCUUGUGAUAUCCGUCGACUCGCCCUUCUUUGGUCUGCAUCCGCAUGUCAUUGCCGUCUCCGGAGCGAGGCGAGUCGGCAACGCCAUCAAUUGGGUAUCCGACCGCUUUGGAUCUGCGGUACAGUCCCGAAGCGCAUAUGAAGACACAUAUUCCAGCCAAGAGACAUCCUCUUCUUCACGAUCGAGUGGAUGGGGACUCCUUGGCUUGGCCGCCGUUGCAACUGUGGCCGUCGGGGCGGCCGCGGCCUAUGCGCUUUCUUCCUCAACUCGCUCGGUCCAGGCCGACGAAGACGAGCGAGCUGCCGCACCAGGAAUAGGACAUGCAGAGUUCUUGAGCCCACUCUGGAAUAUCGCCAACAUGGCCCCACGGUUCGAGGACCUGAAUAAUCUGCCCAUUGAAUUCCACGGAUUCUACUUGGCGGUAUCCGAAUUUGGCUCCAGCAACCGCAGCACCAGCCUCAAGAACUUUGUCCAGAUUCCCCCUGAUCCAUACAGACACUAUUUCCAAGAAAUAGACAUCCAGGCGAGGGAUGAAAUCGAGGCUCACAUGGGCAUCUUCCGCUCCGAGUUUGACUCGGCGGCAUAUUAUCAUCUGCUCACGGCCGUGGCCCGGAUUAUCGCUGACGUACUGUGAUUUACAGGCGAUCCAAAAUAUAACGGGAUACCCUUGAUUUUUACCAUGGAUCAAACAUUUUGUUACCCAAUGCCAUCGCGCGCUGGCCAUGACCAUUCUGUGUUUUGAAUCAAGGACGCCACCCAGGCGACGGCGAUUCAAGCGAC